CUUUGGGAUUGACCAAGAGGAAACACAUGUUGCACAAUGACAGGAUCUUGUUGGUACAGUUGUCAGAGAAGGGAACUCCCACGGCAAAGGGCAUAAAACCAUCCAGGGCAGUCUGGGGCGGCUCAGUUUUGCGGUGCCAGGGAGCCGACCAGAGCCCAGCCCUGGCCCAGACCCAGAUGGGACCAUGAACUCCAGGCACACCUUCAGCCAGACCCCCUCAGGCUCCCGCCAUGGCCCAAGAGGUGGCUGGGGCAGGCCAGAGAGCUUCCACCAGGCUCCUAGCAUCCAUGGUGGUGCAGGAGGUGUCCGCAUCUCCCUUUCCUUCUCCUCACCAAGAUGCCCGCCCCUUCGAGGGUGCUGGGAGUCUGGAAGAGGUGGUUCCCUCCUAGGUGGAAAUGGGAAGGAAAUGAUGCAGAACCUCAACAGCCGCCUGGCCUCCUACCUGGACAAGGUGCGCGCCCUGGAGGAGGCCAACACGAAACUCGAAAGUUGCAUCUUCAAGUGGCAUCAGCAGAGAGAUCCGGGCAGUAAGCAAGAUUACUCCCAAUAUGAGGACAACAUCAGCCGCCUGCAGGAGCAGAUAGCAGAUGGCAAGAUGACGAAUGCUCAGAUCAUCCUGCUCAUUGACAACGCCAGGAUGGCGGUGGACAACUUCAGUCUUAAGUAUGAAAAUGAACACUCCUUCAAGAAAGACUUGGAAACUGAAGUUGAGGGUCUCCGGAAGGCCUUGGAUGACCUGACCAUCGUCACAACAGACUUGGAACAGGAGGUGGAGGGGAUGAGGAAAGAGCUCAUCCUUAUGAAGAAGCGUCAUGAGCAGGAAAUGGAGGAACAUCAUGUGCCAAAUGACUUCAAGGUCCAUGUGAAGGUGGAUACAACCCCGGGAGAAGAUCUGAUUAAGGUCCUGGAGGAUAUGAGGCAGGAAUACGAGCUUAUAAUAAAGAAGAAGCAUCAAGACUUGGACACUUGGUAUAAAGAGCAGUCGGCAGCCAUGGCCCAGGAGGUGGCCAAUCCGACAGCCGUGCAGAGCAGCCAAAGUGACAUCCACGAGCUGAAGCGCACUUUCCAGGCCCUGGAGAUUGACCUGCAGGCGCAGUGCAACAGGAAAUCUGCUUUGGAAAGCAUGUUACUGGAGACCCAGUCUCGGUACUCCUGCCAACUCCAGGACAUGCAACAGAUCAUCUCCCACCACGAGGAGGAGCUGAUGCAGCUACGCCAUGACCUGGAGUGCCAGAGCAACGGAUACAAGGUCCUCCUGGGCAUCAAAACCCACCUAGAGAAAGAAAUCGCCACCUACCGCCAGCUCCUGGAGGGAGAAAAUGAGGGGACAAUGGACUCUAAGGACUCUAAGUUGAGUGCGAAAGCAUCUGCAGCUCCAAAGAUCAAGGCCAUCACCCAGGAGAGCGUCAAUGGAAGAAUAAUUCUUUCUCAAGUGAAUGAGAUCUAAAAGUACGCAUGAGGUCUAUAAAAGUUGCCUGCUGCAAAAACGAUUCCCCCCCAAUGGAACGCCCUUGCCCACACACAAACGGGUGAAUUCUAAGAGGUGUCCGUGGAGUUAUGAAACUCAGAAGCUUUUUUUUCUCUGUUACAAUCUCACCAGAUGUUCCAUAACGAUCUUAUGCACUUUUUCAAAGUGUGAGUUCAUGAGCUUAAUGCUCCACAUUCGCACUACAGUCAUCAGGCUCCCACCGUUGUGCAUCUGUUUCGUGGCCAAUAAAACUCCACACCAGCGGCAUCAUGUCUUUCUUUACAUUGUAAGGUGAGACGAGGCCUCAAGGUCUCAUCGUAAUCACGGAGUCUCAGAGCACUGCCCAUGAAACAGCCAGAGGGGCCGGAAUGCUUUGAAGAUGUUCCCAGCGACCCAGCACUGGGCGGAACUGUCACCUGCAGACAUGCAACCUAGGGACGGGAUGUGGCUCCUAAGGCUCUCUAGACUUCUGCCAGCAGGAAAGGGGGGUGGGGACAGAGAAUGGAACGCCCAGAAAGGCCUCAUUGAGAAUGUGAGGCAACCAAAAGCUAUUCUAUCUCACAGAUGCAUACAUACAUACAUAUAUACACACAUAACCUUAAAGGCCUGAAAGAGAAUUAAAGCACAGAGAGCUGUAUUCAAUGGCUUGUAGUAACCUGUAGUGAAAAAGAAUAUGUACAUACAUAUGUAUGACUGAAUCACUAUGCUGUACACCAGAAGCUAA